CUAGCUAUAUUUAUGUCUAUGAUGGAAGAAGUGGAACAGGAACAGCAAAAGUGUAGGAGAGAAAUCAAAAUCCCUGUUAAUGGCGUUGAGCUUUAUUGCAUCAUAAGUGGAGAUGGACCAACUCCUGUCCUGUUUCUCCCCGGGGCAGCAACACCGACUGUACUUUCCUUUCCUUUCCAAUUAGAAUAUUUUGGCAAAAGUGGCAGUGGAUAUACAGUGAUCUCUUUCGAUCCAAGAGGAUAUGGAUACUCUCACGAAGUCCCAAGGACCUUCUCAGUAGCACCGGAGCACCAUACAAAGGUUGAUGCAAGGGAUGCAUACGAGAUAAUGAAGUACUUGGGGUAUGAGAAAUACUUGGUUGUUGGUUGGUGUGGUGGAGGUCUCACUGCAAUGUAUCUUGCUUCCCUCUUCCCUGAUGCUGUCCAAGGAAUGAUUACAUGGGGCUCCAGGAUACACUAUAGUGAACGCGAUCUGGAAGUUUCGGAAAGUAUGAGGGACAUUAUUAAAGGGCUUUCAGAACAUCCAGAGGCAUGCAAAAAGUUUAUUGAAAUAUAUGGCAGUGAAAACACUUUGCAAACUCUUUGGGGCAGAUUCACCGAUUCUGUACUUGAGACAUACGAGUAUGUCAAAGAUAAGAAUGGAAUGUUAUGCUCUGACGAGUUGAGUCAAAUAAAAUGCCCCACAGUUAUCCUUCAUGGCGAAAAUGAUCACAUGACGACACUUGAUCAAGCAAAGCUAGUCAAGGAUUUGAUUCCUGGUAGUCAGUUGGUUCUGAUAGAAGAAGGUGCUCAUAUUAUGCAAAUUACAACACCAGAUAAGUUUAAUAGUGCCGUUGAUGGUUACUUAAAAGAAAUGAUGGCUAAUAAAGAGAAAUAAAAAAAAUAAACUACUAGACUAUAUACUUUUUGCUUUAAUAACUAUUUGUGCUAGAUACUAUUGUUCAAUAAUCAUUGUAGCAUCAUUG